AUGGAGAAAAGAAAAUUAUCCACUUCGGGAGAUUCCCUUUACCUUACCCUUGGUUUACCAAAGACCGCCACUGCUGAUGAUAUCAAGAAGACCUAUAGGAAACUAGUUCUCAAAUACCAUCCAGACAAGACCGACAAACCAGAAGCUGCCGAGAAGUUCAAAGAUGUGAACAGAGCGCAUUCUAUUCUGAGCGACCUCACUAAGAGGAACAUCUACGAUAACUACGGAUCACUCGGUAUCUACAUCGCAGAACAGUUCGGUGAAGAGAACGUCGACGCUUACUUCCUUGUCACGUCCGGCUGGUGCAAGCUUCAUUUUAAGGGUCCGCUCUACCUUCGCGGCAAAAUCGCAUUACAGUUCGGCCGACUGCCGCUUGGCGCGCUCCUCGGCCAGGCGCGUGAGGGGAAGGGACACCGCCUCCGUGGAGGGGAUCAGUUAGUGGUUGCCGGUUGGACUGGUACUGGUUCGAGGCUCGAGGAAGCCACGGAGCCACGCGCGGCAAUCUACGGCAAGUGGAGCCGCGGCCUUAUCGCUGCGCUCAACUCUGCCGCUGCAACCGCUGGCUACUCACACUGA